ACUUUUCCCACAAUCCUCCGCGACGAGACGCCACUUCCGUUUCCGGGACCCCGUCGGCCCCGCUGGUGUUCGCUCGACGGUUGUUUGAGCGGCGACGAGGAGAGAUUUUUUUUGGUGAAUCUGUUACUGUGGAGAUCCAGUCGUCACCAUGGGUGAGAGAAAAGGAACAAACAAAUACUACCCACCGGAUUUUGAUCCAGUCAAGCAUGGAUCCCUCAAUGGCUACCAUAAGACCCACGCUCUGCGGGAGAGGGCCAGGAAACUGUCCCAGGGCAUCCUCAUCAUCAGGUUUGAGAUGCCCUACAACAUCUGGUGUGACGGCUGCAAAAACCACAUCGGCAUGGGGGUCCGUUACAAUGCUGAGAAGAAGAAAGUGGGGAACUACUACACCACGCCCAUCUACAGGUUUAAGAUGAAGUGCCAUCUGUGCGUCAACUACAUCGAGAUGCAGACCGACCCGGCGACCUGCGACUACGUUAUAGUCUGCGGGGCGAACCGGAAGGAGGAGCGCUGGGACAUGGCUGACAACGAGCAGAUCCUCACCACGGAGCGAGCCGAGAAGGAGAAACUGGAGACGGACGCCAUGUUCAAACUGGACCACAGUGGGAAGGACAAGGAGAAGCUGAAGAAAGCUCUGCCCUCCCUGUCUGAGAUCCAGGACUACCAGUCCUGCAAGAAGGACGACUUCCAGCUCAACAGCUCCCUCCGCAGGAGGUUCAGGACGGAGAAGAAGGUUCUGGCGGAGCAGGAGGAGAAGGACAACACGGUGAGGAUGAGGACCAACCUGUCCAUCCCGCUGCUGCCCGAGAAGGAGGAAGACAAGAAGCUGGCCGCGCUGCUCACCUACCAGGCCCCCGACUCCUACGAGGACAAGAAGCACAGCAAGCGGAAGGAGAUCUCCUCUCGCUCGUGGUUCACCUCCUCCUCUUCGGCCCCGCCGGGCGGCGCCGCCGGCAGCCUGCUCCACAAGCUCAGCAUGCAGGGCAAGGAAGCGGCGGUGGCCAAAGCCCUGGCCUCCUCUCCCAGCCCUCUGAUCUGCAAGCGCCCGGGAGGCAGAACCGAAGCCUGCGGGGAGAAUUCGAAGGCGGCGCCUCGGAGGGAGGAAGUGACGAGUAUAGCGGCGCCUCGGAGGGAGGAAGUGACGAGUAUAGCGGCGCCUCGGAGGGAGGAAGUGACGAGUAUAGCGGCUCCUCGGAGGGAGGAAGUGACGGAGGCGAAUGACAGUGGCUCCUCAGAAACACUCGUGAAAACCGCGGAGGAAGGACUAACGAAAGCAAAGGACGUUGGGAAGGAACGGGGCGACUGUUUAGGAGCGCUCUCGUCCCUCAUGGCGGACUACAGCGAUUCGGACUCGGACCCGGGACCCUGAGGCUGGAAGUGAAACGCCGGCCUCUUUGGUCACGGGGGAAAUGUUUUUUUUUUGUUUUUUUCUUCCCCUAAACAAAAUGUGUGCAAUAAGAUUUAAAAUGUUCAUAAAUGUGUUUUUUGUAUAGUGACGGCUCGGCUUCAAGAAUACGUUUACGGUGUUGUUUCUGCAGACGUUAUGUUAGUAUUUAGUUAUUUAAAUUCUUUGAUCGGUACUUAUGGUAAAUUGACUGUUUGAGUAUCUAAACAAUAGAACUUUUUAUAUUUAUUUACAAUAAUCCAACAUUGAGAAAUCAUCACAGCAUCUCCAGUAAAGCAGAAACGAUGCCACCAAAACCAUUUUGAGUGUUUGUUUAUAUUGUCGGCCCAGUUUUGGGUAAGUAAACGUCGCAAGUCAAGAAAAAAAAGUGGUUAAACUUUCUUUUUUAAAUGUUUUGGGAAAACUUCAUUGAAAGUUGUUUUUUAAGUUGCGUUGUUUUCAGGAUGAAGUGGCUUACUCAAAACAGCUGAGCUAUAGCACCCGUCCAUAAAGUCACAAAAGAGGUGACAUCAUCUCUGUUGGAAUGACGCUGGGAUGUAGCAGCCUGUACGUCGUUAUAUUGAGAAACUGUUACAACAAUGACUUAAUAUAUCAGAAUCGGCUUCAGUCUGCGUACGCAUACAAGGAAUUUACGCCGGAUUGUCGGAGGUAAGCGUAAACAUUUUAGCUACUAUGUACAAACAUACAUAUUUAUGUAUAUGAACAUAAUAAACACUGACAGUGAAAUGGAGGUACUUCAUCAGA